AAAAGAAAAGUUGCCUGACAUGCUUUCAUUCAGCAAGAGCUUUUUUUGCCUUCCAGAUGCAACUCCUGGAGUGUUCUGGCGAGAGGAAGUCGGUGUUCGCAGCUAGUCGCUGCAAUCGAUCCUCUCUGUUAUGAAAGCCAGCAUCCUCUUUACUCAGCAUUGGAAGCUGCGAGUCGACUCUCACCUUCCAGAACUCACAAGAGAAUGACUGCCAAAAUGGACGAUGCUAUUCAAAUCCAGAGUCACGUCCACUGAGAGUGCUCUUUUCUCAUUCUCAACAUCUCAAAAGCACCAUGGCUCUUAUUAAAAAAUUUAUCUGGCUCCUUAUGGCGCUUGUCGCCCUGCUUGCCUCAAGCCACUACGAAGCUAUCGCUAUGUAUCAGACUAUGUCACCUUCAAGGCUUGAGAAACUCGCCUCCUCGUCAGCCUGGGCCUCCGAUGAACCACCCGAGUAUGUGGAGCCGCCUCUUAAGACACCAUUCUUGAUAACACCUCACGAAACACCUUUCACACUACUCAAGCAACUACCGUCACACUACAUAUCCGCCAAUUCCUUGACAGCAGGAUCAAUAUGCGGUACUGACAAAUGCUGUCGACCCUCAGGAAAUUGCGACAAGGAUUACUGUUAUCCCUGCUACUGUGACGAGGACCUCCGCUAUCUGGAGACUGGCAAGAGGAAGUACUCACUUCUGGAUAAGCAGCGCAAAGCUGAUCGGCUGAUCACCAUGCCUGGGUUAUCUGGCCGUUUCCUGAUUCCUCCGGGGUACAUUUUCGAGUACCUUGAUAUCAUCUCUGCACAGCAACAUCUGAUUCGCCUAGCCGCCAUUGCUCAUGUCGAUGAACACAUGUUCGAAGCAUACAUGGCUGCUGCAUUCUUUGAGCCCUGAUGUUUGGUCUGCUUGGCACGUUCUCACUGUCGCAAUACAUGUCCUGAAAAGCAUCGCGCAUUGUACAGCUCGUUUUUUUCUACAAUUCAUCUGCAAGAGAGAGGAACAGUCAUGCGUUAAGGAAAAGCAAUCAUCAUCCAAUAUCCUUAGUCUGUUAUUCCUCCCUACAUACCACAGUCUCUACCCAAAUAAAACCAACCAUUCACUCCAUCAAACUAGCAUACCUCCCUAACUCCUCAUCCUCCCUCAACCUCCCCUGACAUGCAUCCUCAAGCAGCACACAAACCUCCACACCUUCCUCCCUCUCCGGAUACACAAAAACAUACCCCUCCCAAUCCGGCUUCGGAAACCUCACAGCCUUGGGCACUCCAAAUCCAAAGUCCUGCUGUGUGUAUGAAGUCAUUUGCUGCCAACUUGUCGCAGCUAGAUCCAUUCCUAGAAAUGCGUCGACAUUGAUGCUGAUAUGUGACUUG